AUGAGUGUGCAGCCACGUUUCGUUUCAGUCCUCUUUUUUCCUUUUUUUUUUUUUUUUAGAGCAUCUUUUGUGAUUAAUUUUUUUAGGUACCACACAGAGAUGGAUAACUGUUCCCGUGAGAGCCGCGUCCUCCUGUUAAGACUGUGCAGUAUUUGGGGGUUUAUUAUCGGUUCUUGGGCCGUGUUGCAAGUUGCUACACCUCUCGUUCUGAAGGAUAUUGUGGGAAAAGAUGUGGCACCGACUUGGCAGGGUCUCUUUUCUGCCACGACGGCAGUGAGUGGAAUGAUUUUUUGUGCUCUCACCGGCCACUUCUCGGAUCGUAUUGGCCGUCUUGAGUUUUUGACACCGUGGGUCAUUUUCUUUUUCUUCACGACGAUUUUGGUUGUGUUUGCCGAUAUCACUGGUUCAAUUUAUAUGCUGUGGGUGGCUCGAAUAGCAGCUAUUUCUAUUCCGUCGACAAUAAUGCAUGCAUUUCUGUCAGACUACCUGAGCGGUAACGCAUUGUUGGAAUCUUUUGGGUAUGUUGGGGCGACUUUUGGAACGUCGAUGCUCACUUCCUCACUUUUGUGUGGGUUGAUUAGUCGGUACUAUUCACGUGUUGCUGCUUUGACUUUUGGGUCUUCUCUUGCGGCUGUGGGCGUUAUUUUUACUUUGGCACUAAAACCCCCGAGCAAAUUUCGAUUAAAUUCUCCCACGGCAUUUGUUAACACAGAGGGCACGAAUUUGUUUCACUCCGCUGGUGGUGUAAUGAAUAGCAUACGUAUUAUAUCCAGUGAUGCAUUGUUGAGGAAUCUUAUUUGUGCUAUGGCCCUCCUUCGUGUUGGUAACGUUAACACACACAUGAUGCUUGUGCUUUUCGUGGACUUUCGCCUUGGUUGGGGAUUACCGGAGAUGAGUGUGCUGGCAGGUUUUUCUGCGCUUCUCACUGUGAUCUUUCAACUUAUUGGCGUCAGGUUUCUGAUCUCGAGCGAUAUUGUAUUACCUGUGCUUUUUGUUCUUUUGGCUGUGGUUCCUAUAGUAGCUAUGGGCUACGCCCUAGCGAUGACAGGUGCUCAAAUGUACCUGAUCUCCAUUUUGACCUCAAUGAUGACAAUUGCAUCUACCAUAUGUAACGCAAAGAUCACCGCGAUUGCUUCGGAAAACGGCGUUGCUGGUUUGGCGCUAGGAUGCGUGGGAACCCUGCAGAAUAUAUUAGAAGUUUUUGCAUCUCUUUUUCUUGGAAGACUGUUGUCGUGGUCCUUUGAGAAUCAACCACGCACGCAUGUCCUGAGCGGUCUCCCCUUUAUUGUGAAUGGGGCCUUUUUGACCCUUGUUGUGAUGAUUGUGCUUUACUCCCACAAACGCCAUGGAGCCGGUAGGGCCUCUUGGAUAGAGGGGGUACAUCCUGGGUGA